UCUCUUUCCUCAUUCAUUCAAAAAUAAAUCCUCUGAAAAACUGUUUGGUCUGCCAAAACCAGUUGCGUGACUAAUCCAAGUUUCGUCUUCUUCUGGUCAUCUUUAUCGUUCGUACUGUACAGAAUUCGAGCUUUUCUUCUCAGCCUUCGUUUACAAUGUCAACCCAUUUUCUUCAUCUUCGUCUCACCAAAAAUCCUGACCUCUCUUCAUUUCUGAAUCGUCAAAAUGCACUCCCGUUUGCUUUCUAAUUCAUCAUCUGAGCCUCCCUCCCUCUCCCCCGAUAUUCCAACCGACACCGUUUCAUCCUCUACUUCCUCAUCUUCUAAGUUCUCCGAUAUGUGGAACUACUUGUGGAUUCCUUUCUUGAUUACUCUUUCCAAGGAGCUCGCCCUAGCGAGAGCUCAGUCCUCGAUUUUACUCCCUGGUCAACUAAGUGCGAGUGGCGAUGACUCCGUAACUGAUUCGUUGAGUUCUCAUGUGCCGAGGUGUCCCGUUCCCCCAAAGCUGAAUUAUCGUCCGGUUAUCGGUAUCUUGAGUCAUCCAGGGGACGGCGCCUCCGGACGCCUCAGGAACGUCACGAGCGCUUCGUACAUCGCGGCUUCCUACGUUAAGUUCGUCGAGUCCGCUGGUGCUCGCGUCAUUCCGCUCAUCUACAACGAGCCACGAGAAGUACUUUUCGAGAAGCUAAAAUUGGUCAAUGGCGUGCUGUUUACUGGAGGGUGGGCUAAGAGCGGUUUGUAUUAUGACAUUGUUGAGAGAAUAUUCAAGAAAGUUUUAAAGAAGAAUGAUGCUGGUGAUCAUUUUCCGCUGUAUGCCAUUUGCUUAGGUUUUGAGCUUCUAACAAUGAUCAUAAGCAAGAACCAAAAAAUUCUUGAAGGUUUUAGUGCAACAGAUAUGGCAUCCACUCUCCAAUUUGUGCAAAGCAGUCAUGUUGAAGGAACUGUAUUUCAAAGAUUUCCGCCAGGUCUGCGGAGAAAGCUUGAGACAAAUUGCCUGGUUAUGCAAAAUCAUCAAUAUGGAAUUUCACCAGAAACACUUAAAGGCAAUCGGCAUCUAACUAGCUUCUUUAGGUUGCUGACAACAAGUGCAGAUAAAAAUAAUAAGGUCUAUGUCUCCACAGUUCAGGCACAUAGCUAUCCUGUGACUGCCUUCCAGUGGCAUCCUGAGAAAAAUGCUUUUGAAUGGGGUGUAUCAGCGAUUCCACACUCAGAAGAGGCUAUUCAAGUGACUCAACAUGUUGCAAAUUAUUUUAUCAGUGAAGCUAGGAAGUCAUUAAACAGACCGCCAAUCCAAAAAGUGCUUGACAACCUCAUUUACAACCAUAGUCCCACAUAUUGUGGGAAGGCUGGAAGGGGAUUUGACGAGGUUUACAUAUUUACAUGACUCCUAUACUCCCAUCUCCCAUUGAUGAUGUGUACAUACAUAACUAGUGAUAUAACAGCUUUCAAGAUGUGAAAACUGUUGUUCCAAUAAAAGAAAAUAAAAUUUUGAUGAUUGAACCUAAUUAGUUUCUGUUUCCUUUGA